UCAUCCUGCCUGCCCUUCCUCUGCUCACUUACUUCUUGGUCGCUCUGGUUGGCAUCUACCAGAGCUACCAAGCGGUGUACACCCAGUUCAGGUUCCCGUGUCUGGGUGGGCCGUCGAUGUAUGUUCGACUCGACGGGUGAGUUGUUUGCUUCCUGUCUGCAACGGUACGCUGACGGGAAUGCAGCGGACACGCCAUGAAAUCCGCACUGUGGUCUACUCGACGGCUGGCCGGCCGAGUGGACUAUGUGCACAUCGACGAUGGACCCUCCGUCAUCGCCGACGACUAUUCCUGGUAUACGAUCGUUACUGAGGCCGAGGUGCUUGACGAGCGCCUCGACUAUGUUUACCGUUCUCGACAACCCAUGGACGGCGACACUCAUCCCUCGACGGCACUCGCGACGCCCACGGUCGAAUUCCUUACGCUUCCCUUAGCGGCUGCUGAAGAAGACGAGGGCGAUACGGACCACAGUGCAUGGCUACAGCCCAGUUGGUCCCAGUACAUGGAGCACCUUCAGCAACUACAGGAGCUCUACGCCGCCUCGACAGCUUUCCCAGCCGCCACUGUCGAUUCGGCAUCGAUGGUCAACAUAUCGACGUCGACUUCGACUUCCAUUGCGUCUACCCCAUCUGCUACGGCCCCACCUUUGGCAACCUCGGAAGGCAAGGUCGAACGGGAGGAGAAGAUGCGAACGGGCUGGACGACACAAGACAAGUUCUUCUGGCUCGGAGGGGGUCUGGCGGUGCUUGUCAUCGUCAGCGUAGAGCUCGCGUGUUCGGAAGACAAUCCGGAAGCGAACUCCAAAGAAAAGGAGAAGAAGAAGUGCGAGGAAGAUGUCGCGGAGUCAUCGUCGGACACGUCCAUGGACGGAGCGUUCUCACCGUCAGUAACUUCCACACCCAAUAGUGGUCGUUCUCAGGCCGCCCGACGCCGUUCAGCGACUCCCGCCUCGGAGACAUCGAUACUCGUCGCGGACCCUUUUGGUUAACUGAAUUGAUUUCUAUUCGAAGACAAAGCUGACGAUAAUCAAAGACAACCCACGAUCAUCGAGGAACAGAUGUACG